AUGUCCAAGACAGGAGAGAGGACCCCCUCUACAACUUCUGUCAGCUCUGUGGUGUCAAAAGACAGCAAAGAUGGCGAGCCUAAACCUGGCAUGUCUCAAGACUCCCCCACAGGUUCAGUCUCCGAUACGCCCAAGAAAUCUUCAAAGAAAUCCAAAAAAACCACAGAGAGUAUGACCAAGGUCUACAACUCCGUGCUCAACAGUGUUUUUGGAGCGGAAAGAGAACUGGCUCAGGCUGAGUUGGAUGAGCUGCAGGAGGCCUUCAAAGAGUUUGACUACGACCAAGAUGGAUACCUGAACUACAAGGAUGUGGCUGAGUGCAUGAGGACGAUGGGAUACAUGCCCACAGAGAUGGAGCUGCUGGAGAUAGUGCAACAGAUAAAGAUGAGAAUGGGCGGAUUAAUGGAUUUCGAGGACUUUACUGAAUUGAUGGGACCCAGGAUGAUGGGAGAGACUGCUGACAUGCUGGGACUCAAGGAGCUCAAAUCUGCCUUUCUACAGUUUGACCUGGAUGGAGAUGGAAAGAUCAACCAGGACGAGAUGAAGGAGGCAGUGAAGACGCUGCUGGGAGAGAAGCUGAAGAAAGGAGAACUGGAGGAGAUCCUGAAGGAGCUUGACAUUAACUCAGAUGGAAUCAUUGACUUUGAAGAGUUCAUGAUGAUGCUCUCCAUUCGCUAG